UGCGGGUGGCUGUCUCUUCGAGUUACCUGUGAGGCGACAACUGUUGGCAGUUGGCAGUCUAGUCCGAUCGCGGGCCACAGUGAGAGUGAACGUGAGGACACCUUGGCGAACGGACGGAUCUCGCAAGGACCUCGAAAGUUAUUUUCUGUUGAGUAAAUUUGAUCAAUAAAUCUGACAAAAUGGCAGUCGAGGCGCGCACUGUGCUCUGGUAUAUGACUUUCAUAGGAUUCAUUGUCAACUAUAUGCUGCGAAUCAAUCUGAACAUCACCAUUGUGGACAUGAUUGCCGGCGUCGAUGGACCACCCGCUGCACUCACCUCCAACCUGACCAAUUCCACAAGCAACUCGGACCUGGCUUCCGCCUCACUUGUCGAAUCCAUUCAGAACGACAGCGCACGCACUCAGCGUUAUUCGUGGGAGCGUCAGUUUCUCGAUUGGGCAAAUAUUGAAUACGAAAGGGAUGGAUUCCACUGGAACGAAAGAGAACAGAGCAACCUGCUGGGCUCGUUCUUCUGGGUGCAUUGGGUUCUACAACUGCCCGGCGGCAUUUUGGCACGUAAAUAUGGAACGAAGCUGGUUUUUGGACUGUCAAAUGGUAUUGGGGUAUUCCUGUGCUUUCUGAUACCGAUUGUGUCCUACUGGAGUUAUGGCGCACUACUUUGGCUGCGAGUGUUCCAGGGAUUCGUAACUGGUUUGGCUUGGCCCUCGAUGCAUGUGAUGACCGCCAAAUGGAUUCCGCCAAAUGAGCGCAGCAAAUUCGUGAGCGCCUAUCUGGGCAGCUCUGUGGGCGUGGCGCUCUUCUAUCCGAUAUUUGGCUAUAUCAUCGCUUGGACCUCCUGGGAAUGGGUCUACUAUAUUUGCGGCGUUUUCGGAAUGCUGUGGUUCGUAGCAUGGCAGUUCCUGGUCUAUGACAGUCCCGCCCAGCAUCCGCGAAUCGAGCAGUCCGAGCAGCGUUACAUUGAGAAGUCGCUGGGUGCAUCGGUGCAGAGCAGCUCGCCGGGACCGACGCCCUGGCGGGAGAUUGCCACCUCGAGACCGGUCUGGAUGAAUGUGGUGGCACAAUGGGGCGGCAUCUGGGGUCUGUUCACACUGAUGACACACGGACCGACCUAUUUCCGGCUGAUCCAUCACUGGAACAUACGCGCAACCGGCUUCCUGUCGGGAAUGCCACAUCUGAUGCGCAUGAUCUUUGCCUACGUAUUCUCCAUGUUUGCCGACUACUUGCUGCGCACGGAUCGUCUCAGCCGCACCAAUGUCCGCAAGCUGGCAACAGGAGUUUGCUGUGGCGUGAAGGGUGUCGUGGUGCUGGCGCUGGCCUACUUUGGCUAUAAUGCAACAGCUGCCAUUGUCCUGGUGGCCGUGGCCACAAUGUUUCACGGCGCGGUCUCCUCCGGCCCGCUUGCCUCGAUGGUGGAUUUGUCACCCAACUACGCGGGCAUAGUGCUCGGCGUCAGUGGCAUGAUCGGCGGCAUGCCGGGCUUCAUUUCGCCAUUCAUAGUGGGAAUAUUAACCCAGGGCAAUCAAACAAUUGAGGCCUGGAAGAACGUGUUCAUGCUCACGGCGGCUAUGCUGAUUGGCAGCGGCAUCGUGUACGUCCUGUUCUCGGAGUCCACGCUGCAGCCCUGGAACAGUGGCUGCCAUGCGCUGCCCGAUGCCGGGCUCAAGGAGCUGCAGACGUUCGAGGAGAAGCUGCCCUUGCAGGCCAGUGCAGAAGACGAUCCCAAUGCGAAGGCCGCGCUCGCAGUCAAGACCAGCGAGGCGUCUGAUAAAUGAUAAGCGCGCUGCGUGUCACUUUUAUUGCCAUAAGUCCAUUUUAGUUAUAGCCCCCUAUUGUGUGCCCAAUUGUGUGAGAAACGGCCAAAGGCAAAGCAAAGUUAUCAGAACUCAUUUCUAUUUGCACACAUAUUUUGACGGCUAGUGCUAAAUUUAAAUUAAAUUUAAGUAAUACACAUACACAUAUGUCUGCUGUCUGCAGCACUCCAUAAAUUUAUUCGCAAACAGGCUCACGAUCAUUCCAUAAACCUGCGAGUGUUUUGUUAAAUAAAAUGUGGGAACUAAAUAUACACAAAA